AUGAAAAUUGCUUUUGUCCAUCCAGACCUUGGAAUAGGAGGAGCUGAGAGAUUUACAGUAGAUGCAGCAAUUGGGUUACAGGAUCUUGGGCAUAAGGUUGUAAUAUAUACGAGUCAUUGUAAUAGAAACCAUUGUUUUGAAGAGAUUAAGAAAGGAUUAUUGUCAGUUAAAGUUUAUGGGGAUAGGAUUCCUUCUAAGAUUUUUGGAAAAUUUUCUAUUUUAUGUGCUAUUUUUCGACAAUUGUAUUUAUCAUUAGUUUUAUUUUUUAAAAUAGAAUCAUAUGAUGUUAUUAUUAUGGAUGUUUUGUCUUUUGGUCUUCUUAUAUUAAGGUGGAAGUGUUUAAAGAUUCUAUUUUAUUGUCAUUUUCCAGAUAAAUUAUUAGCAAGCAGAAAUAACAUAUUAAGAAGAAUUUAUCGUUUUCCUUUUGAUCUUAUUGAAAAUUUGACAUUACUGAUGGCGGAUAAAAUACUUGUGAAUAGUUAUUUUACAGCAUCAGUUGUUCGUAAAACGUUUUCGAAUAUUAAGAAUCUUACUAUAUUAUAUCCUAGUAUUAAUAUUUAUGAAAACGAUAAUAGUUUAGAGAAAUCUCCAUUAAUAACUCAGAGUCAUCUAUAUUUUAUUUUAUCUAUAAAUAGAUUUGAAAGAAAAAAAAAUAUUGAUUUAGCAGUGAAGUCUUAUUCCCAUCUUAAAAAAGACUCUAAUUUUAAUAAAUGCUGUUUAAUUAUUGCAGGUGGAUAUGAAUCUAGGAUUAAAGAAAACGUUCAAUAUCAUAAUGAGCUUCUUGAUUUAUGUAAUCAUUUUUCUUUUAAAUCCAAAACUUUUAUGCAUCCAUAUAAAUUUCCUUUAGAUUUUUCUGGAUAUAAUGUUGUUUUUCUACUUUCAAUACCUACGAACUUAAAAAAUUAUCUUCUUCAAAAUGCAACAAUUUUAUUAUAUACUCCUCCUUAUGAACAUUUUGGAAUUGUACCACUUGAAGCUAUGUUUCAUCAAACUAUUGUUUUAGCUCAAAAUAAUGGGGGUCCUUUAGAAACAAUUGAUGAUGGCGUAACUGGAUGGUUAAAAAAACCUAAUGAAACUGAAUGGGCAGAAGUUUUAAGAAAUGUUUUAUUUCAAAUGACUGAUGCUCAACGUGCUAUAAUGGGGGAAAAAUGGCACAAACACUAG